AUGUCGAACUUCUUGGCCGCAGCCCCCGAGCCACCCACUGAGUUGGGUAGGCUGCGGGUACUUUCUCCUAACGCCGGCAUUCGCGUAUCUCCUCUUGCACUGGGUGCUAUGUCAAUUGGAGAUGCGUGGGCCGAGGCAAUGGGUGUAAUGAAUAAGGAGCAGUCCUUCAAGCUUCUGGACGCCUUCUUUGAGGCGGGCGGCAACUUCAUCGACACUGCAAACAAUUACCAGGAUGAGCAAUCAGAACUGUGGAUCGGCGAGUGGAUGAAGGCUAGGGGCAACCGGGAACAGAUUGUACUUGCUACCAAGUACACCUCCGACUACAAAAGCCAUUCCCUGGGCAAGGGGAACACGGCCAACUUUACCGGAAACCACCGUCGGAGUCUUCACACCAGCGUCCGCGACUCAUUGAAGAAGUUGGGCACCGAUUACAUUGAUAUCCUCUAUAUGCACUGGUGGGAUUACACGACAUCGAUCAAAGAGAUCGUAGACUCUCUUCAUAUCCUUGUCGAGCAGGGUAAAGUGCUCUAUCUUGGAAUCUCAGAUACACCAGCUUGGGUUGUUAGUGCAGCGAACACAUACGCCAUCGACCAUGGCAAGACGCCCUUCAGUGUUUAUCAAGGCCGAUGGAGCGUGAUGCACCGCGAUUUUGAACGCGACAUCCUGCCAAUGGCCAAGAUGUUUGGUAUGGCUCUUUGCCCAUGGGAUGUUCUGGGAUCCGGCAAGUUUCAGUCGAAAAAGGCCAUUGAGGAGCGCAAGAAGGCUGGGGAGGGGUUGAGAUCUUUCGUCAGCACUGGGCAGCAGACAGAGAUGGAAAUCAGGGUCAGCGGGGCGUUGGAGAAGGUUGCUGGAGAGCAUGGCGUCGAGAGCGUGACAGCUAUCGCGUUAGCAUAUGUUCGCAGUAAGGCAGCAAAUGUCAUUCCCAUCGUAGGCGGGCGCAAGGUGGAGCAUUUGAAGGCCAACAUCGACGCCCUCAAGAUCAAACUCACGGAUGAGCAGAUCGCUUACUUGGAGAGUGUCAAAGAUUUUGAUGUUGGGUUCCCAAGCAAUUUCUUGGGCGAAGACCCGAACAUUGCUGGCAAGUCAGCAAGGCUCUCUCGCGCUGCUCAGAUGUCGUUCCCAAAUGCAGGUCGCCAGACCAGCAUUUGA